CUUUCGAGAAUUUGUGGAAACAAAGAGGAUUUUCAAAUUCCUAAUGGGUCUCAAUAAAUCCCUUGAUGAAGUUCGUGGUCGAAUUCUCGGAACUAAGCCAUUACCUAGUAUCCGAGAAGUCUUUUUUGAAGUACGUAGGGAGGAAAGUCGAAAGAAAGUCAUGUUGGGAUCAUCUGAACAUCCUCUUACUCAAACUGAAUUUGCUCUCAUUUCCCAACGAGAUCACCCAAAUGAUCCAAUCGCUCUUGCUGCCCGGGGAAACUUCCAAUCCUAUGGUUACAAUCGACAGCACAAAGGGCGACCAUGGUGCGAUCAUUGUCAUAAAGUGGGACAUGUCAAAGAAACCUGUUGGAAACUACAUGGGAAACCARCAAAUUGGAAGCCGAACACUACUAGAUCGGAUCGAGAAACUAAGGGGAAUGCUGCUGUAUCUGAAACUUCCAAUCAACAACCACAUGCUAAAGAGUUGUUGAACAUGCUGCAACAACUAUUACACAAAACAAAUCUAUCAACAACAGUAGGUGGUUCUGGGAAUGUACAGCAAGGUAACAAAAAUUCCCUUGCUCUCCAUACUCAAACUCUUCCAUCUGAAUGGAUAGUGGACUCUGGAGCAUCAGAUCAUAUGACAGGACUUGGGAUCGGGGAAGAUGAUUGGCAAUGCUGAACUAUGUGCUGGAUUGUAUCUUCUGAGAGCAACUAGUCCUCCACMAACACAUGAAUGCAAUAAACUUGUGGUUCAGUCUAAUCGUGAGUCAGCUUAUAUUUCUGAGUCUUUAAAUCAUAAAGAUAGUCGUAUCAUGAUGUUGCACUAUCGUUUUGGUCAUCCAAAUUUUGCCUAUCUCGAGCGUCUGUUUCCUUCUUUAUUUAUCAAUAAAAAGAGUCAAUUUUUCAAGUGUGAGAUUUGUCAACUCUCCAAACACACACGUGCCCAUUAUUCACCUAAUAUUCAUUCUCCGUCUCAACCUUUCUCUCCUAUCCAUGGAGACAUUUGUGGACCUUCAAGGGUAAAAAAUAUCAAUGGGGCUCGUUGGUUUCUUCURUUUGUUGAUGAUCACACACGUUUGAGUUGGACAUUCCUUAUGAAAGACAAAUCUGAAACUAGCCAA